CUUCCGUUUCCGGUUGCCUUGUUGCCGUGGUAACCGGCAAGCACAACAUUCCUGGCGGUUAUGGCGGGGCUGAGCGGCUCGCAGAUCCCCGAUGGAGAGUUCACCGCCGUCGUGUAUCGGCUCAUCCGGGAUGCCCGCUACGCCGAGGCGGUGCAGCUGCUGGGCGGGGAGCUGCAGCGGAGCCCGAGGAGCCGCGCCGGCCUGUCGCUGCUGGGCUACUGCUACUACCGCCUGCAGGAGUUCGCGCUGGCGGCCGAGUGCUAUGAGCAGCUGGGCCAGCUGCACCCGGAACUGGAGCAGUACCGCCUGUACCAGGCCCAGGCCCUGUACAAGGCCUGCCUUUAUCCAGAGGCCACCCGGGUCGCCUUCCUCCUCCUGGACAACCCCGCCUACCACAGCCGAGUCCUCCGCCUGCAAGCUGCUAUCAAGUACAGCGAGGGCGACCUGUCAGGGGCCAGGAGCCUGGUGGAGCAGCUGCUGAGUGGGGAAGGGGCAGAAGACAGUGGGGCCGAGAAUGAGCACGAUGGCCACGUCAACCUGGGUUGUUUGCUCUACAAGGAGGGACAGUAUGAAGCAGCGUGUGCCAAGUUCUUUGCGGCCCUGCAGGCCUCGGGAUACCGACCUGACCUUUCCUACAACCUGGCUCUGGCCUGUUACAGCAACCGGCACUAUGCCUCAGCGUUGAAGCAUAUUGCUGAUAUUAUUGAGCGUGGCAUCCGCCAGCACCCAGAGCUAGGUGUGGGCAUGACCACUGAAGGCAUUGACAUUCGCAGUGUUGGCAACACUUUAGUCCUCCACCAGACUGCUCUGGUGGAAGCCUUCAACCUCAAGGCAGCCAUAGAAUACCAACUGAAAAACUAUGAAGCGGCUCAGGAAGCCCUCACUGACAUGCCACCUAGGGCAGAGGAAGAGUUGGACCCUGUGACCCUGCACAACCAGGCACUAAUGAACAUGGACGCCAAGCCUACAGAAGGAUUUGAAAAGCUACAGUUUUUGCUCCAACAGAAUCCCUUCCCCCCAGAGACUUUUGGCAACCUGUUGCUGCUCUACUGUAAAUAUGAGUAUUUUGACCUGGCAGCAGAUGUCCUAGCAGAAAAUGCCCAUCUGACAUAUAAAUUCCUCACACCCUAUCUCUACGACUUCUUGGAUGCCAUGAUCACUUGCCAGACAGCUCCUGAGGAGGCUUUCAUCAAGCUUGAUGGGCUAGCAGGGAUGCUGACUGAGCAGCUUCGGAGACUCACCAAACAAGUACAGGAAGCAAGACACAAUAGAGAUGAGGAAACAAUCAUAAAGGCAGUGAAUGAAUAUGAUGACACCAUUUACAAGUAUAUUCCCGUGUUGAUGGCUCAGGCAAAAAUCUACUGGAACCUUGAAAAUUAUCCCAUGGUGGAGAAGAUCUUUCGCACAUCUGUGGAAUUCUGUAAUGACCAGGAUGUGUGGAAGCUGAAUGUGGCUCAUGUUCUGUUCAUGCAGGAAAACAAAUACAAAGAAGCCAUCGGUUUCUAUGAACCUAUAGUCAAGAAGCAUUAUGAUAACAUCCUGAGUGUCAGUGCUAUUGUAUUAGCUAACCUCUGUGUUUCAUAUAUUAUGACAAGUCAAAAUGAAGAAGCUGAGGAGUUGAUGCGGAAGAUAGAGAAGGAGGAAGAGCAGCUGUCUUAUGGUGACCCAGAUAAGAAAAUCUACCAUCUCUGCAUUGUGAAUUUGGUAAUAGGCACUCUUUAUUGUGCCAAAGGAAAUUAUGACUUUGGUAUUUCUCGAGUUAUCAAAAGCUUGGAACCUUAUAAUAAAAAACUUGGAACUGAUACCUGGUAUUAUGCCAAAAGAUGUUUCCUGUCCUUGUUAGAAAACAUGUCAAAACACAUGAUAGUGCUUCGUGACAGUGUUAUUCAAGAAUGUGUCCAGUUUCUAGAACACUGUGAGCUUUAUGGCAGAAAUAUACCUGCUGUUAUAGAACAACCUCUGAAAGAAGGAAGAAUGCAUACUGGAAAGAAUACAGUCACAUAUGAGUCCAGACAGUUGAAAGCUUUAAUUUAUGAGAUUAUAGGAUGGAAUAUAUAGUCAUGCUUGCUAGUGGUUUUUAUCAAAAUGGUGCUGUUCCCUAUUAUUUUCCACUCUUUUUUGUCGGCAUUUAGCCUUGGCAUCUUUAUAUUUGUUUUAUGUUGAAUUUUGUACCGUCACAAUAACAAAUAUGUGUGAGCAACUUUUCCAUUUAAUUGAGAGUAGGAACCAAGCAGUAUUACCUAAAUUAUUUCUGCAUUCUUUCUGCUAGUAACAAUCACCAGGUCUUGCCCUCAAGCAACGAGUGACAUCUUUGUAUGUGUAAGGAAGUAAUUCUAAAUAGCAGUUGACAUUUUAGCUUUGGGCUGUCAGAAAGAAUGACAGGAACCAAUGCACUAUUGGAGUAGGUGUGUUUGCAUUCCUUUGGUGACUGGUAUGUAAAUGAUUGCUAGCCUAUGGCUGGACCAUUUCUCAAUCAGAAAAUAAAGACAUGUCUAUUUUACCAUCCCA